AUGGUUGUGUUGUUUAAAGAUCUGGCCAAGACAGCAGAGAACGUCCUGCGUGAUGACUAUGACUUCUCCCGCACGCUCAAGAUCAAAAGCAAGGCGUCAAAUGGCGUGUCGUUUACGACAGAAGGCGCGUUGAGUGGCAACAAGUCGAUCGUGGCUAAAGUCUCGGGUGGCUUUACACAUAACGCUAGCGGUGUGGUAUUUAAGAAACUGCAGAUUACCACCCAGGGUCGCUUGAUCACGGAGACUGAACUACCCAACGUGGUGACGGAGGGUCUCAAGCUCACUUUUAAGCUUGAGGAUGGCUCUGUCGCCAAGAACACGAGUGCCAAGCAAGUUGGUGUACUCGGUGCCGAGUACAAGCAAAAGACCUUGGCCGUGAACUCGGAGGCAGACUUUGUGUCCAAUACGGUCUUGGCUGCUGCUGUGUUUUCGCAGGGGGGCUUUGCGGUGGGUGGUCAGACCGCUUUUAACGUCGACAAGUCGGCCAUUGUGCAGCACAACGUCGGAGUCAGCUUCACGGGUAUGGACUUUGUCACGUCUCUUGUGACCAAGAAGAACUUGGCUGCUGUGCAGGCCUCGUUUCACCACCAUCUGUCGCACAAGACAGUGUACGCUGCUGUGUUGGACUACGACCUUAAGUCGGCUUCCAACACGCUGGUGGUUGGUGGUCGGUACAAGGCCGACAAUGACACUACGUACUGUGGCAAGAUUGAUUCCGAGGGAUUUUUGUCGCUGGCCUCUAUCCAGAGAGUGCGCCCGUACGUUACGUUGACCACCAGCGUGCAUGUGGAUGCAAAGAACUUUGAGGGCGACUCUCACAAGUUUGGCCUGGGUCUGACGCUUGGCUAA